GCAGCGCGGGACAGGCCGCGCGGCAGGGCGCGGGGCCGCUGCGGGGCCGGUCAGGCGGCGGGCGGGCGCCGCAGCGGGGCGGAGUCGCGCAGGCGGCGGGCGCGGGCCCGAGCGGGUCAUGGCGGCGGAGUCCGGGGUGGAGGAGUGGGGUCGGGAGACCCUGUGGCGCCGGCUGCGGAGCUCGGAGGAGGCGCAGCGCCGGCAAGAGGUGCUGGUGCGGCAGCUGCAGGGCAAGGUACUCAAGUACCGGACUUGGUGUCGAGAGUUGGAGCAGCAGCUGGAAGCAGGAGGGGGAUCCCUUCCAGGCAGGUGCGAAGAAGACGACCAGAGCCUGGAGAAAGCACUGCUUCAGCUGGAAGAGGAGCAUCAAAGGCGUGAGAAUCUGGCAGAAGUGAAUGCUUUCCUGCGGGAGCACCUCGAUAAAGCGAAUGAGAUUAAUUCAGCCCUCAAAGAAGAUGUUGGAAAACUGAUGGCAGAUUGGAUGAGGGCGCGGGAGGAGCUGGAAUUGAAGGAGAGUGAAUGGCGCAGUGAACGUGAGCUUUAUGACAACUACGUAAGGGGUGAACAUAACCGUCUACUCAACCUGUGGCGUGAGGUGGUGACCUUCCGCCGGCACUUCCUGGAGAUGAAGACUGCCACUGACCGAGAUCUGUCAGAGCUGAAGGCAGAGCAGAUGAGACUUUCUGGAGCUAUACUUCUAAACUGCUCCCAUCUAAACCGUGGCGUACAGCUCCGGGAGUCCAUCACUCUGGGUAGACCUGUCCUGAAGGAUCAGGCACAGCAGCAAGCAGGACAGAAAAUAAACCAGAAGAGUCAGGAAGAGAUGUGUGUACAAGUUAAGGGGGACUUGGAGAAGAAGGAGCUUCAGGACAGGGUGGUGGAGCUCUCAGCCUUGCUUGUACUUUCUCAGAAGGAAAACGAGGAGAAGGAGAAGACCAUGAAAACACUGAACAACACUGUGGAGUUUCUAGAAGCAAGUCGGUUAGAGAAAGAAUAUGAAGCUUCAUUGAUUAAAAGUGCCGAAGAAGAGAAUCUUUCCCUCCAGAAGCUGAUUAAAGCUAUAACUGAGGUGGUGUUAGAUGACAAUGACAGCAUGGUCAGCAUUACCUCUGCUGACAGUUCCCUUCAUGUCGAGUCUAGCAACAUCCUCUCUUCUCUGAGCUUCACUGAUGCAGAGCAUGCCUUUGUGUUGGUGCAGGAAGCACUGGCAAGGAGGCGAGGGGCAACACAGGCCCUAAAAGAAGAGCUUUCUGCCAGGCAGGACGCUAUCAAUGACCUGCUGCACCAGCACAGACAGCAGGAAGGGAAGUGCAGGAGGCUGCAGCAAAGGCUUGAGCAACUGGAGGAGGAACACAAGACGUCCAGCAGCCACCAGCAGCACCUCCAGUCUCAGGUAGAAGCACUCAGAAGUGACUGUGCAAACCUUGAGAAAACCAGGGAAGAGCUACAGCGACAGCUUGAAGUAACAGAGCAAGAAGCCUCACGUCUGCGUCAGAGUAACACUGAACUGCAGCUGAAGGAAGAUUCAGCCCAGGGGGAAAAGGUGGAGCAGCAGCAGGCACUGGAGAGAGCACAUCGUGACCAGGAGCUCCUGCAGAAGGACUUAGCUGCACUUGAAGGAAAAAAUUCAGUGUUACAGAGUGAGUUGUUAAUUGCGAGAGAGACACUGGAGGAAUUGCACCUUCAGAGGGAUCUGCUGAAGCAGGAGAAACAUGAGCUUACCAUGGCACUGGAGAAGGCAGAGCAGUCAGUGGCAGACUUGACAGGGGCUCAGAAUAAGCUGAGUGCUGAAACAGCAGAUCUACAUGUUGCAACAGUGAAGAUGAGCAGCAUCAAUGAAGCUCUCGCAUCAGAUAAAGUGCAGUUGAACCAACUUGUGCUGCAGCUGGAGCAAGAGAAUGAAGCUCUGUCAGCAAAAGUGGAUGAGAUGGAGAGAGCAAAGAUCUCUGGCCAGGAUAAGCUGAGCUUCUGUGAAAGAACGAAUGAAGAGCUCAGCACAGAGAAAACCCAUCUGGAGCAAUUGCUGAAGAAAGCAGAGGAGCAACAGGAGGGGCUGCGGGUAGAGCUGAGGAGUCUGGCAAAGGAGAAGGCAGAAACCCAAGAGAAACUCAAUCAGGUUCACCACCAGCAAGAGUUGGCCAGCAGCGACCUGGAGCAGCUGCGCCAGGAGUCCUCUCGCCAAGAGCACGCGCUGGCCAAGGUGUCCAAAGAGAAGGAAUUGCUGGUGCAUGAGAAGGCUGCCCUAGAAGUGCGACUGGCAGCCUUGGAGAGGGACAGACAAGGCCUUUCGGAGCAGCUGGAAGAGGCCAGGUCAGUGAAGGACACCCUGGAAUCCAGCCUGUUUGAGGCUCAGCAGCACUUAUCUCAGCUGGAAGUUUCCAGGAGUCAGCUGGAAAUCCAGCUACACACAGUCACACAGGCCAAGGAGGUGAUACAAGGGGAAGUGAAGUGCCUUCAAUGGGAGCUGGAAACAGAGAGAUCUCUGAUGAGGCAGGAACGGGAAGACAUGACACAACAGCUCUUGCAGACAGAACAGCAGUAUGACAAUACUCUCAAACUUAGUCAAGCUGAUCAUGAAGUGGAAAUAAACAAGCUCCUGCAAGACCUGAACAUCACAGAAAAGCUGCAAGCAGAGCUGCAGGAAGCUCAGAGUAAGAUCAAGGCAGUGGAGAAGCAGCACAAAGAAGAAAUCAAAACCAUCAAAGAAGAAGUGAAUAUCCUUCUUCAGCAGAGGGAUGCUCUACAAAAACAGGUGGAAGAGUUGACAUCUCAGCUAGCAGCCUCGGAGGACUCCCAGCAAGAGAUUGGCCGCAAAGCUCAACAAGAUCUGAGUGAGGCACAAGAACUGUCAAGACAGAAGGUGAUGGAGGUUGCGCACCUCCAGAAGAUCCUGGAGGAGAAGAGGAGUCAAUGGGAGGAGGUAGAACAUCAGAACAAGGAGCUGCAAGUGUAUCUGCAGUCCUUGGAGGGGGAAAGGAGUCGAUGGGAAGAAGUAGAGCAUCACAACACAGAAUUUCAGGCUUUGCUGAAGGUCUUAGAGAGCGAAAAAGCCAGGCUGACACUGUCUCUGGAAGAGAAGGAGCUGAGCCUUAAAACCCUGGAAGAAAAGAACUUUGCCCAGCAUAACGAGGUGUCUCAGCUUCUUUCUGCUAUUCACCAGGCCCAGCAGCUCCAUUCAGACCACAGAAGAGAAAUAAAAGAGCUCAACAACCAGAUACAGUCACUGCAGGAAGUGGUGCUGGAGAAGGAGGCUGGCCUGGCAGCUCGGGAGAAGCAACUGCUGCAGGAUCUGGAGGAGUCCCGAGCAGGCGAGCGGUGCUUGAGGGACUCUCUGCACGUGCUGGAGGCUGAGAUGUCUGAACUGCAACUGAGGCUUUGUAGCACAGAGAACAGAGCAAAGGCAUUGGCCACGGAGUGUCAGCAGGCUAACAGUGCCCACUGUGAAGCCCAGUCCCAGCUGGACAAACUGCACUUGGUUCUGCACCGCAUGAUCUGUGACAGCAGAGACUUGGUCACUUGGAGUUCAGAACAGGGUCAUGUCUGGGAUCUGGCUGUUUCUCAGGCCAGGGACCUCCCUGCAGAGCUCACAGUGGACAGAGUGGCAGCAGCCCUACAAGACCUGCGUCAGCACCUGAAGCAGACUCAGCUUGAUCUGAAUGAUUCAAGGAAGAAGAUCCAGGACUUUGAGCUGGAGCUGAGCGAGAGGCAAGCUGAGAGGGACCAUUUCAGUGCCCACAAUCAAGAGCUGCAGAAACAGUUGGCUCAAAGCCAGGAAGAGACACAGAUGGCAGAACACAAGAAGAACUCUCUACAAGCUGUCCUGCAGGAAGAGGCUGCUGCUUUAAAGGAGGAGGCUAUGACUCUGCGUCAAGAGGUGGCAUCUUUGGAAAGGAAACUUGAGAGCGCUGAGAAGCAAAGAAAGGAUGUCCUGCACGAACGGGACAGACUGCAAGCAGCUAAAGAGAAACUAGCAGAUGAGAUAAAACUUCUUCAGGAGUCAGCAACAGCCUCUGAAACUCGAGCAAACACAGCAGCAGAUAUGAAUCACUGCCUCGAACAAGAGCUUCAAACCACAUUGUCUAUCUUAAAAAUUAAAAAUGAGGAAGCAGAAACCCAGCGGGAGAAAAUCCAGAUGCUCCAGAAAGAGGCAUCAGAGGUAAAAACUUUGCAGGAGACUCUCGCUCAUACGUGUGCCGUCCUGUCAGAGAGGGAGGGAGAAAUGAAGUUAUACCAGGAACAGAUGAGAAUGCUGGAAAACCAGGAAGAAAUGCAUAAAGCUACUCUCGAUCAGUUUAUUAAGGACAUAACAGAGAAAAAACAGAAGGUGGCAUCCCAGCAAGAACAUAUACAGGAGCUGGAGAAGCAGCAAGAAAAACAAAGGAUGGCUGUCAGCAAGAUGAGCAAAGAACUAGAGCAGAGAGACCGGGAGAUCACAUCCCAGCAAGAGCAGAUAUGGGAGCUGGAGAAGCAGCGAGAAAUGCAGAGGACUGAGGUGAGAAAGGUGAGCAAGGAGCUGGAGGAGAGGGACUUGGAGAUCAGGUCCCAGCAAGAGCAGAUACAGGAGCUGGAGAAGCAGCGAGAAAUGCAGAGGACUGAGGUGAGAAAGGAGCUGGAGGAGAGGGAGUUGGAGAUCAGGUCCCAGCAAGAAGAGAUACAGGAGCUGCAGAAGCAGUUAGAAUUGCAGAGGGCUGCUGUCAGCAAGGUGAGCAAAGAGCUGGAGGAGAGGGACCAGGAGAACAAAUUCCAGGAAGGGAAAAUAAAGAUGCUAGAACAACACGGUGCAUCACAAGUGAGAAAUCUGCUCAUGGAUCUUGAUCAUAUGAAAGGAAACUUGAAGGAGAAAAACUCAGAGCUUGUGUCUCUGACUCAGCAAAUCCAAGAACUGGAAAUGCACAGAGAACAGGUGAAAUCUCUGCAGGCAAGCCUUGAACACCUGAGGGCAGAUCUUCAGGACAGAGAGAGUGAGUGUGAUUCUCAAAGGGAUCAGUUAAGACUCUUGCAGCAGCACAAGGAACAGCAAGAGGGGCAACUUCAAGAGCUUCAUGGUAAAGUUGAAAAGAUGACACUUUCUUUAUCUAAAAAAGAUCAAGAGCUUGAGUCACAACAAAAGCAAAUCCAGGAAGCUGAAGAAAUCAUGGAAGUGCAGUUGAGGACUCUCCGUGACCGACUGGAGCAGACCUUAGAAACCUUAAAAGAAAACGACAGACUCAUAGACAUCCAAAAGCAACAGACAAGGAGCUAUGAGGAAAAAACAGAAGAAGAGAUGAAUGUCUUACACAGAGACUUAGAAUACACUAAGGCAAUGCUGAAAGAUAAGGAUUUCAUGAUUGAAUCUCAGAAGGAAGUGAUUGAGACCUUCCAAAAACAAGAAAAAGACUCUGAACAGCAGAAGAAAAUUCUGCAAGAUCUUGAAGUGAUACUAAAAGAAAAGGAACAAGAAAUUUUAUCCCUCAGGAAGCAAUGCGAGGCAUGCAGGGAAAAGGAGGCAAAGCGUGAAGCUGAGCAAACAAAUCUUCAAGCUACAGAACUGACUCUGAAAGAAAGAGAAAAGAGGAUAGGGGUUCUGGAGGAGGCUGUCUGUAAGCUUCAGCAGCAAAAGGAGGAGGCAGCGAUGCAGAGUAAAGCCAUACUGCAAAAACUAGAACAUGCUGAAUCUUCUCUAGAAGCUAAAGAUCAAGAGAUAGUGUCUUUGCAAGAGCACGUGCAGGACCUUCAAGAGCAGAAGGAGUUAGAAGGCAAGCAGGCCAAGAGCCUAGAGCAGGAUCUAGAAGAAAUGAGCAGGAUGUUGAAGGAGAAGCAUUCAGAGUUCCUCAAACAGACAGAGCAAAUGAACAUGUUACAGCUUCAGGGUGAAAGCAUGAAAGUAGCACUAACAUCAUGCCAGAAGCAAGUGAAUCUUCUUGAGGAAGUGGUGAGGAAGAGAGAUGAAGACAAUGAAGCUCUGAAGCAAAAACUCCAGCACCAAGAAGAGGAAUUAAAGACCUUGCAGAAUCUCCAGCUUAGGCUAACUGAGAGCAACGAAGUCGUUAGACAUCACCGAGAGCAAGAGAAGGUCCUGGAAGAAGCCUUGUCUGAGAGGGAACGAGAGAUCAAGGCUCAAAGUGAGCAAAAGGAGUUAGAAAAGGAAGUAAGAGCUCUUCAGGAAGAUCUCCAGCAUGUUCAGCAGGCUCUGACAAAGAGGAAUGAAGAGAUAAAGUACCAGCAAGACAGAGUCAGGAAUUUAGAGAAGACUCUGACAGGAAAAGAACAAGAGCUUCAGAGGCAGAAUGAACUCCUAAAGCAAUUCACAUCAGUUUUGCAAUGGAAAGAUGAAGGGGACACUCUAAAGAAACUAAUCCAAAAACUCCAAAAAUGGGAGGAAGUGGAAGCAGAGAAGAAGAGAGUGCUCCAGGAGAGAGACCAUUCCUUGCAAAGGCAGAAGGAGCUAACCCAACAACUGGAAGAUGAAAGAAAGGCAAAGGGGAAAGAAUUGGAGCGUGUGAUUGCUAUUUUGAAGCAGACUGAAAGUGGAGAAAUUGAAUGGAAGGAGAAGGCACAAGCCCUGACUCUUGCCCUUAGGAAGUGUGAAACGGCCAAUGGGACUUUGAGGGAAGAAAUUGCCAUCCUGCGGAGCGCGGUUUCAGAGAGGGACACAGACCGGUUUCAUCACCAGGCUGUUGCAGAAGGAGAGCAGCAAUCAUGGCUCUCGGAGAAGAGGCUCCUGUCACAGCGGCUGGAACGUCUGCAGCAAGAAGUUGCAAGGCUGGAAGUUGAGAAGACUGAGCUGAAGCAACUCAAUGCAGAGCUCAAGAAGACCCUUGAGCAGGUGGAGUGUGAACGGAGGAAGCUGAAGAGGUUUUACCGUGAUGGGUCUCUGCCAUCUGACCAGCACAAGAUGCCUGCUUCAAAACAGGAGGAGUCUCAUGCACACUGCAGUCGACGAUUAACUGAGUUGCAGAACCAGGUGUCCCUUCUGCAGACACAGCUGGCACAAGAACGAAAAUACAAGCAGGACUAUAUUGAGUGUUGUUCAAAGACCAGCCAGGAACUGUCGGACCUUCACCAAGAGCUAUCUUACUCCUUAGCAGCGGUGCUCAGGGAGCCCAAAGCUGCGGUUCUGGAGGCAGAGACUCAGAAGCUGGGUCAGUCUCUGAACCUUAGCUUGGCACUAAUAUCUCUGGACCAUCAGUCUCCUGAGACACAGCUGUUGCACUCAACAGCCAGAUCUGGCACAAGUGAUGACCUGAGUUAACGCAACCAGCAGCAAAAGGCCUCGGUAACAGCCAAGUCAGGGACCUGCUGUAGCAGGUGAACUGUGGCAGGGGGCUUUGUUCAAGGCAUGAGUCCCAAAGUAAGAUAUAAGUUCAGUGUUCACUGCAGACUCCCCAGCAGAAGCAGUGGUGGGACAAAACUGGUGCUGGCUUAUGUAGAUGGGGUCGGUUGUAGGCCUGGAAAAGCAGGAUGAACCUGAUGAGCAGGUAAAAUUUCCUCCUUUUUCCAAAGCACUCCAUGAUAGCAUACCUUGUCAGUCUCCACACAGCCUUCCACACCAGGUUGGCCCUGUGUAUACAGUUUCUGUACUGUAUGCAAAGACUUUGUGUCUGGUUUUAUUUUUUCAAUACACUUAUUUCUCCAAAACGCUGCACAGGCUCUUAGCAGAAAUCUGCUCGCAAUGAUGUCCUGUUGCUCCUCUGCUCUCUUCAGGAGAGCAAAGGAAGAGAGCAAAGCUGCCUGUGUUGUAACCACUGCAAAAUGCUGCUGAUAUUUCACAAGUGAGGUGCGAGAUUGCCAAGGAGAGCACUCAGAAAGCUGUUUCCAGAGUUGAGAGGCGGGAUGCAGAACUGAUCAAGUAUGCCAGAACCAUUGUCCUUGAAGUUCUGGAAACCAUGAAGGAAGGUAUUAGAGGAAGAAAGGAAACCCAAGCAUCAGAGAAACUUCAACCAAGGAAGGUCCUGCCACUGCUCAGCCUCCCUGCAAUAGUCACACCUUCAAAGGAAGCAGGACAACUGAAACGGGAGCUCAGGUACUUUCCUCCCAUCCCUCCUGCAAGGCACUGAGCAAGGUGCCCAGGAGGCAGCAGAAGGCCUUCAGCAGGCCCAGGAUUGUACCGACAGAGCCACAGCAAGUGGCUUCAGUGCACAUGUGGGAAACUGCAUAUACUCAGGUCAGGGAGCACCGCUGGCACCCUUGCCUCCACAGUCUCGAUGUUUCCAAGGCAGCCCCUGCCUCCAGCACCGGAGCUGAUGGGGAAAACGGUGGCCAAGAGUCUCUGCUGAAUGAAAAGAGCCAGGAGGGGAACUAAAGUCCACAUGGGGACCUGCACGGGAGCCGGGAGCUCCGCUGCGGCGAGCAGUGACUGACAGGAGCGGCGCCAGGAGCAACACCACUCCCAAAUGGAUAAAAUGCUUGCCUGGGAGCGCGGCGAGGCAGUUCGAGUGGGCAAACGGGACAAACGCUGCGGUUUGAGCAGGCAAAUGGGGCAGAUGCUGCAGUCUGAGUGGGCACACAGGCCAUGAUGCAGCACGACGUGGCUGAGCUGCAGGAGGCAGUCAAAAAGGCUGAGGGAUAGCAGGGAGGCUGAGAGGGAGCUGCACUGGUGGCUCCAAGUGGGGGACCACUGGGCAGACCCUCCAAAUGUCCCCCCGAUACACACAGAAAGGAGGGAGAGUGUUAAUCCAGGGGGUUGGGAACUUGUAUCUGAAAUAAACAACAAAAGGAGGAGGAAGAGGACAAAUAAAAGCAAGGGGCUUCCUCCAAAGCCGGACAUCCCCACUCAGAACUGCUUCACAGCUCUGUAAGGGGGCUAACAAGGUGCUACCUGCCACAACAGAACAGCCAAUUGCCCCACCAAUAAAGAGAGCUACCAGUGCUCCCAAGAAAAGGGGGCAGGUGAUAGUAGUGGGCGACUCUACUUGAAAGGUACAGAGGUACCCAUCUGUCAGCCUCACCCGCUCAAGGGAGCUAUGUUGCUUACCCUGAGCUCAGGUCAGAGAUGUUGCCAAGAGGCUGCCCAGUUUAGUACGUCCCACUACUACUCGCUUCUAGUGGUCCAUGUGAGUGCCGGUAAUCAUGGAAUCAACUAGGUUGGAAAAGACCUUUAAGAUCAUCAAGUCCAACUAUAUUGCCAGGAUUGCCAGUAGUGAUAUAGCCAGCAGUAGUCUGGGAGCAUCAAAAAGGGCUGCAGAGCCCUGGGAACAUUGUUAAGGGGCUCUGAAGCAGCACGUUGGUACUCAGGCCUCAGGAGAGGGUGCUGCCUCACACAUGGGGUCAGCCCGUGGAAGGGGACACUGAUGGGGACACGCUCUGCACCAGAGGUGCUCCAUGGCAGCAGUGAUGGUACCUCUGAGUCUACAGACUGUGGCCUGUGGAGGAGUCCUGCCAGAGCAGAAGGAACGUGCGAGAGGAAAGGGGCAACAGAAGGGCAGGGGGGAAGGCAAAGUGUGGCAGAGAGGAACCAUCCUUUACCAAUGUAGAAUGUCAAGGCACUGUGUGCCACCUCCUGGGGGGAGUCCAAGAGUGACUUGGUCCCCCCAGACUGCUGUGUAGAUACCAGCCACUCUGGCUAUCUGCUUUGUCCCUUGCCAAAAGGCAAAAGGCUUGUGUGUGCUGGAGCAGAGGUUCCUGGAAUUCAGUCUGGUCUUCCCAAUAAAAUCUCAGGAGUUCAUUUUUGA